CUGGCUUGCUGCAGCAGACCGAGAACUUGCAGGAAAAAGGGCGGCUGGAAGACGCAUUGAAAAAAUCGCACGAUGCAACACUUGCGCAUACACCCUGCUUCAAGGCAGUGGUUAUAUUGAAACAUAUAAUUUACUGAACAUGCAGUAAAUGCAGAUUUUUAUUUUUAUUUUUUUACAGACAUUCUAAAAUGCUAUGUUGACGACAGAGGGGAGGUAUCCUUAUUUGUUUUGCAGUUUAAAGUCGCAUUGAUCGCCUUGCAACCUCAAGUGCAAUUUGGGACACUGAAGUUCUUUGAAACGCAUGAAGCCCAUCCUGCUUUACGCAUCUGCCGAAGAGAUUUGUAGGCUACGUUGUGGUGUCUUAAGGCGACGUCUACAGGCUUCCAUAAUUAAUUCCUAAAGAAUCAUGUCAUCCCAUACGAGAGUCAAGAAGGACAAGGAGAUUAUUGGGGAUUACGAGACUCAGGUGAAAGAGAUCCGUAACCAAUUGGUGGAGCAGUUCCGUUGUCUUGAACAGCAGUCGGAAUCCCGGCUACAGCUGCUGCAGGACCUGCAGGACUUCUUCCGCCGCAAGGCCGAGCUGCAGCUGGAGUACUCUAGAGGCCUGGACAAACUGGCUGAGCGCUUCUCCGCCAAGAUACGCUCCUCCAGGGAACACCAGCACUUUAAGAAGGACCAGAACCUGCUGUCGACAGUGAACUGCUGGUACCUCGUUCUGAACCAGACAAGGAGAGAGAGCAGAGACCAUGCUACCCUCAGCGACCUCUACAACAAUAAUGUCAUUGUCCGCCUAGCACACGUCGGAGAGGAUGUCAUCAGACUCUUCAAGAAGAGCAAAGAAAUCGGGGUCCAGAUGCACGAGGAGUUAGUGAAAGUCACGAACGAGCUCUACACUGUGAUGAAGACAUACCACAUGUACCACACAGAGAGCAUCAGCGCAGAGAGCAAGUUGAAGGAGGRGGAGAAACAGGGAGAAAAGCAGAUCGGCAAGGCCAAUGAUGUCAGCACCAGCCUCCUGCGCCAUGACGACCGCCAACAGCGACGCAGCUCCGUCAAGAAGAUGGAGAAGAUGAAGGAGAAGAGACAAGCCAAGUACUCUGAAAACAAGCUGAAGUGCACUAAAGCACGGAACGACUAUUUGUUGAACCUGGUGGCGACCAAUGCUCUGGUGGCCAAAUAUUACAUCUACGAUGUCUCUGACAUGAUAGACUGCUGUGACCUGGGCUACCAUGGCAGCCUGGCGCGGACCCUGAGGACCUACCUGUCUGCAGAGUACAGCCUGGAGACGUCCCGCCACGAGGGGCUGGACCAGCUGGAGGGUGCCGUGGAUGCCAUGGAUGUCAGGGGGGACAAACACAGGGUCAUGGACAUGCACAGCCAGAUCUUCUGCCCGCCCGCCCGCUUCGACUACCAGCCACACAUGGGUGACGAGGUGUGUCAGGUGAGUGCCCAGCAGCCGUUGCAGACAGAGCUCCUGAUGCGUCACCACCAGCUCCAGUCCCGCCUGGCCACACUCAAGAUCGAGAACGAGGAGGUGAGGAAGACUCUGGAUGCCACCAUGCAGACACUGCAGGACAUGUUGACGGUGGAGGACUUUGAUGUGUCUGAGGCUUUCCAACACAGCCAGUCCACUGAGUCGGUCAAGUCUGCCUCGUCCGACUCCUACAUGAGCAAAGUCAACGUUGCUAGGAGACGAGCCAAUCAGCAGGAAACGGAGGGCUUCUACUUCACUAAAUUCAAAGAGUACCUGAAUGGCAGCAACCUUAUAGUGAAACUACAGGCCAAGCAUGAUCUACUGAAGCAGACUCUGGGAGAAGGGGAAAGGGCUGAAUAUGGAACAACACGUUCAUGUGUAUCUGCACACCCUUCACCAACCUCCUCCUCCACCAUCAGCCCCCCCACUCUUCUCGCUAAACCCAGGAGAAUGCGGAAGCCUAGACCUUGCUCCAUUUUUAAUCAUAAACUCUUUAACGGCAAUAUGGAGGCCUUCAUCAAGGACUCAGGGCAGGCUAUACCAGUGGUGGUUGAGAGCUGUGUCCGCUACAUCAAUCUAUACGGCCUUCAGCAGCAAGGCAUAUUCAGGAUUCCCGGCUCCCAGGUCGAAGUCAACGAUAUAAAAAAUUCAUUUGAGAGAGGUGAGGACCCAUUGGUCAACGACCAGAGUGACCAUGACAUCAUGGCGGUGGCGGGAGUUCUGAAGCUGUACUUCAGGGGGCUGGAGAACCCACUCUUCCCCAAGGAACACUUCCUCGACCUCAUGUCUACCAUCAAACUAGACUCUGGUGCAGAGAGAGCUCAUCACCUUCAGCAGAUCGUUGUAACUCUUUCUCACCCCGUCAUCAUCGUCAUGAGAUAUCUGUUUGCAUUCCUCAACCAUCUAUCCCAGUACAGUGAUGAGAACAUGAUGGAUCCCUAUAACCUGGCUACCUGCUUCGGCCCGACUCUGAUGCCCAUACCUGAUGGACACGAUCCUGUGGCAUGUCAGACACACGUUAAUGAGGUCAUCAAGACCAUCAUCAUCCACAACGAGGUCAUCUUCCCGAGCCACCGUGAGCUGGAUGGACCGGUCUAUGAGAAGUGCAUGGCUGGAGGAGAGGAGUACUGUGACAGUCCCCAGAGUGGGCCAGGUGCCAUUGAUGAAGUGGACAACGGUACAGGACCUCACACCAGUGAUGAUGAACUGGAGCAGAUUGAGGCCAUCGCUAAGUAUGACUAUGUGGGGCGUACUCCCAGAGAGCUUUCCUUUAAGAAGGGGGCAUCACUGCUGCUGUACCUGAGAGCCUCUGAUGACUGGUGGGAGGGACGACACAACGGAGUGGACGGACUCAUCCCACAUCAGUACAUUGUGGUUCAGGAUAUGGACGAUGCGUUCUCAGACAGGCUGAGUUGGAAGGCUGAGAGUGAGGCCAGUAGUGGACCCCACCAGGAGGACCGAGACCGAUCCUCAUCCAGGAACCAUGACCGCAGCUCCCCCUGCGAACACAGACAACAUACCCCUGAACACCACUAUGGAGAUGCUCUUGAAAGGGUGAGGGUUCGUUCAGACGGUGCUGUUAUCCCUCACCACAGGAGCACCGCCGACACCCAGAGCCCCACCCGAGGUAUGGAUACGCCCCCUAGGGUCAUGCCACGCCCCUGCAGCCCUCACAAGAUGGCUGUCAGCAGGGGCCGCAUGGACAGUCCAGAGAAACGCCAUCUCAGCACGUUCAGCAACACAGGAAGUAUCAACCAUCCAGAUAGAAAGUGCUUCCGUGAUGGCCCCGCCCUCAGACCCUCCCCCGGCUCCACCCGCCACGGUAGCCUUGGCGACCAGAAAUCACUGGCAGAGGACAUAGAGAAGACCAUGAACACCGCCCUGCAUGAGCUGUCUGAGCUGGAGCGGCAGAACGUGGCCAAGCAUGCCCCCGACGUGGUCCUGGACACCUUGGAGCCCCUGAAGCAGCAGCACCUCUCCUCCCGUGGGUCCAGACCCCCCUCUGAGCCCCCUGGCAGCCCCCUCCACACCAACACCAUGGCCAUCCGGGACCCUGACGCCGCCCUGCGCCGUAGCAGCAGUUCCUCGUCCUCCGAGACCAUGAGCACCUUCAAACCGGCCCUGACUGCACGGAGGCCUAGCGCCCCCCUCAGGCCGCCUCCGGUCAGACCGCUCCGGCCUGCUCCCAUCCACCUGGGACAUGGCCAGGGACAGGGGCAGCACAGGUCUAGUAGUUCCAGCUCCUCAGGCCUGGGUAGUCCAGCAUCUAUCACCCCCACAGACAGGGUGUUCCCCAAGGCUCCGUCCCCGUCCCCCUCCACUUCCUCCUCGUCCUCAGACAAACAGGGUCACAUGUAGCCUGGCUAAGCAGGCUGCUGCAGUCACAGAAAGAGCCCAGGAACUAUUGAGACAACUGACUGAGCAGGCUGCAGCACACAGCCACAGGUCAGGAUAGGUAUACAGUAGUAAGAAUGGAGUAAGCUGCAGCCAUAGCCCUGUAUAGGAGCUAUAGUAGGAACUGACUGGACAGGGCACAAUCUGAUCACAGCCACAGCCCAAGAGAUACAGUACAGAAGGAAGUGAUUAUGCAGAGCACCGACUGACUGCUCAUAAUCAGCAUCUUCUUCAUUUCCUUCUGGAAGUGACAACUGACACAUUGAGACCUUGUCUCUGUGGGAACAAUAUCGACCAUUAACUAGUAGGAGGUUGGAUUCAACAUGUAGGAUGAAGGCUGAUUAAUUGGUUUAUUGACAGCUGAACGUCCACCAGUAUUAACUGUCUGCUUGUCAAUUGAGAUUAUGAAUCACUCAGAAGAAACAUGAACUGUACUAUGAUAAUCAUUAUAAAGGAUGUUUCUACUCCCUCCAUGUGGCACAGAACAAACCUGAUCAAAGGGAUACACUGGAUAACGCUUUGUUUACUGUUAUAGCCAUCUGUGGUUGUAGCCUGCUACUUUGUCUGAAUAACAAACCAUCUCAAACAGAAGUUUGGUGUUUUUGAGCUGGUAGUCUAAGACUAGCGCCUUCUUCGUCUGCAGAUAGGACGACUUAAUACAAUCUCUUGAUCUGUCUCUCUCUCGCUCUCUCUUUCUGUCUCACUCUCUCUAUCUCUCUCUCUCUAUCUCUCUUCCCCAGAUUAGCCGUGGUACCUCAAGAAAAGAGCAAACACCUUGUCAUGACUCGACCCAGUCUACUAAAGAUGCACUGAUCUGGUCUGGUCAUUUUCUAUGAGCCUGUACUAGUUGAUCCUGCAUACUGUGUGUGUGUGUGUGUGUAUGUAUAUAUGUAUAUAUAUAUAUAUAUUCAUAUUCAUACAGUUACGUGUUUGAAGACAUAGGAGAAUCAAUGUGUAACAGGGUUAGUUGUGCUGUUACAUGUGGACUGGAUCUCUUACUUGGUGAACUAGAUUGGAUUCUCAUUUCAGGCCCAUUGUGUGUAACCACAGUUUUCUUAAAGUCCUGCUUUGGAGUUAUACAGUAUGUAGAUGGGCUUGCUUGGUGGUAUGUGUUCCUGUAUGUAUUAUAUGAGGGAUUAUUAUUCAGCAAAACACAUGUUUAAAGUGUUAUAGAUAUGUUUUGAGUGGAAAAUAAUAUGCAUAACGUUGAAAACUACCUGUAUGUAUGCAUAACAUGGUAUGCUAGAACCAGGAUAUAUAUUAUCAUUAACCUUUGCCAAGGCAGUAACAGAACAAGAUAAUAAAUGUGGGGAAUCUGUAUCCGAAA